AUGUCUGAUCUCUCAGAGCUGAGAGUUGCAGGGCUCGCACUGCUGGGGAAGGGUCCCCGGGAUCUCCGACGCCGCCUCCAGCAGAGAGUUGCGGAGUUUGCCUCUUCGGGGCCUCCGGCAUCCCUGACCUCGCUCUUAGAGUUGGGGGGUUUGCCUCCUCAAGGGAGCUUUAAAAAAGAAAGGAGGGAAUCUCAGGCCUCACCCCUGGCGCUGAUGAAUCGUGAUGUCUGGGUUGGGCGGGGCUUAGUGGUUUUGGCAAAGCAGCCCGGUGAUUCUGGGGUGCUGGAUGAUGACCCACUCACUGCUCGGUGCUUCCAGGUGGCCCUGAGAAGGCAGCAGGCCCAGGAGGAGGAACUGGGGAUCAGCCACCCCAUCCCGCUGCCCAGCGCGGCCGAGCUGCUCGUCAAGAGGGAGGCCAACGGCAGCAACCCCUGCCUGAUGACCGAGAGCGGCAGCGGCGCCUCGCAGCCCCCGCCGGCCAGCACCCCCACCACCGCAGCUUCAGAGGGACGUAUGGUCAUCCAGGACAUUCCUGCUGUCACCAGCAGAGGGCACGUGGAGAACACACCUGACCUCGUGUCUGACUCCACCUACUACAGCAGCUUUUACCAGCCGUCGCUGUUCCCUUACUACAACAACCUGUACAACUACCCGCAGUACUCCAUGGCCUUGGCUGCGGACUCCUCUCCAGGGGACGCGGGAAGCCCCCUCGGGGGGUCCCCCGUGAAGAACAGCCUUCGAAGCCUCCCAGCGCCUUAUGUGCCUGGUCAGACAGGAAACCAAUGGCAGAUGAAAAACUCGGAGAACCGCCACGCAGUGAGUUCCCAGUACAGGAUGCAUUCUUACUACCCGCCUCCCUCCUACCUGGGCCAGAGCAUGUCCCAGAUCUUCACUUUUGAGGAUGGCCCCUCCUACUCGGAAGCCAAAGCGAGCGUAUUCUCGCCACCUAGCAGCCAAGAUUCGGGCUUGGUUUCCCUCUCCAGCAGCUCUCCUAUCAGCAACGAGAGCACAAAGGGAGUGCUCGAGUGCGAGCCCGCCUCGGAGCCCAGCAGCUUCACGGUCACUCCUGUCAUCGAGGACGACGAGUAAGCGUUUGGCGUUCAUUUGUAGCCGCAGGCUUGUUCCAUUCAUACACAGGGUUUGUUGUUAACAUUUUGCUUUUUGACUUACGUUGCCAACUUAACUGUUGAGGAUGCAUUUGGUUUAUACUCCGUAGAGCUUAGCCCGGAGGCUAGAACACAUUUGGAAUAGUUUAGGAUCUGUGACUGCUAUCUGCAACAAUUAAGUGCUUUGCUCACGGAGUUCAAUCUCAGAUAGUUGUUGUGCCCCUCAUUUUUUAUGACACUAGUUUACAUGUAGUUUUCAAGAAAUACAAUAAUUCACUCAAGCAGAGCAGUACACUUGAAUCUAAAUGUGUCAUAAUUAGGUGUUUUAGUUUUAAAAUGAAAUCCUAGGUGCCUUAGGUUUUUUUUGAAAUUUAAUAUUUUAAUACAACUGCAAAAAUAUAAAUUUAGCCAAAAUACCUGACUGGUGAGAAGAGCAGACAGUUAGCGAUUAUUUUUGAAAUCUGCAGAAGGUUAGAGGAAAUAGAAAUACUGUAUGUUUGUGUUGCUGUUGGAAAAGCCAAGCCCCCAUCCCAUCCCCUCAAAUCCAAAACAUGACUGAAACAUAGUCAGAAGGAAAAAGUAAUGCCUUUGAGAAUUGCUGCCUUUUCUGUAAAGGGUAAUUUGAAAGCAGUACAAUUUAAAGUAACUCUAGUAAUGCAGAAAUUUCCUGUGUGUUUCUUCAGAAUAAGAGUUUACGAUACAUAUUCUACUACAAGAAAAAAAUGGAUGCAAUCUAGAUUAUUUUGUAACGUUAGGUUGUAAUCUGAUUUGAAAAUAAGUACCUCUUUAAAAGUUACUACAGAUUUCUGAGUUCAUUAUUUUGUUAAAAAAUUGCUUGUAAAGUACUUCCUUAUGUAACAGAAGCCAUCCUGAAAUGAAACUAGUCUAAAAAAAAUUCAUUGUUCUGUGUAGUUGCAGCUGUACCUGAAAUAAAAAUGUUAUUGAUGACUGAAUUUUCUUGUGUGUAUAUUUGGUGAGAGGUAUUAAACAGGAAAAAAGAAAUUA